GCCCUGCGCGCCCUGACGCCCUCGUCGCUGCUGCUGCUGCCAGCCGAGGCCGAGACGCGGCAGCGCCUCCUGCGCAGCGCCAAGAAGGAGGUGAAACAGAUAAUGGAGGAAUCCGUCACCAGGAAGUUUGUGCAUGAAGACAGCAGCCACAUCAUUUCCUUUUGUGCUGCCGUCGAAGCCUGUGUCCUCCACGGCCUCAAGCGGCGGGCAGCGGGCUUCCUGCGCAGCAACAAGAUUGCCGCCCUGUUCAUGAAGGUGGGGAAGAGCUUUCCUCCGGCUGAUGAAUUGUCCCGGAAGGUGCAGGACCUGGAGCAGCUCAUUGAGAAUGUGCGAAACCAGAGCCCAGGUUUCCAGGAAAGCACACGCAAGGCUUCCAAGCUCCCCAGCCUCUCCCCGCAGGCCAUCAAGCACCUCUGGAUCCGGACGGCACUUUUCGAGAAGGUCCUGGACAAAAUAGUGCUCCACUUGGUGGAAAACAGCAGCAAAUACUAUGAGAAGGAAGCCCUGCUGAUGGAUCCAGUUGAUGGGCCAAUCCUUGCCUCUUUGCUGGUGGGGCCUUGUGCACUGGAGUACACCAAGAUGAAGACUGCCGACCAUUUCUGGACCGACCCCUCGGCUGAUGAGCUGGUCCAGCGCCACCGAAUCCACAGCUCUCACUGCCGCCAAGACUCGCCCACCAAACGCCCGGCUCUCUAUAUUCAGAAGAGGCAUUCCAGUGGCAGCAUGGACGACCGGCUGUCUCUCUCGGCCAGAGACUACGUUGAGUCGCUGCACCAGAACUCCAGAGCCACCCUCUUGUACGGCAAAAAUAAUGUCUUGGUGCAGCCGCGGGACGAUAUGGAGUCCAUCCCAGGAUAUUUGUCCCUUCAUCAGACUGCUGACGUCAUGACUCUCAAGUGGACCCCAAACCAGCUGAUGAAUGGCUCUGUGGGUGAUCUAGACUACGAGAAAAGCAUCUACUGGGACUAUGCCAUGACCAUCCGCCUGGAGGACAUUGUCUACCUCCACUGCCACCAGCAAGUAGUAGACAGUGGGGGCACAGUUGUCCUGGUAAGCCAAGAUGGCAUCCAGCGCCCACCACUGCGAUUCCCGAAAGGUGGGCACCUCCUGCAGUUCCUCUCCUGCCUAGAAAAUGGGCUCCUGCCCCAUGGCCAGCUGGACCCCCCUCUGUGGUCACAGAGGGGGAAGGGGAAGGUGUUUCCAAAGCUGAAGAAGCGAAGCCCCCAGGGGUCAUCGGAAUCGGCAUCAGACAAGGAGGAGGAGGAGGCAACCGAUUACGUUUUCCGGAUCCUCUAUCCUGGCCUUCAGUCAGAGUUUGUGGUUGUUAACCACCCUUCUUGCCUUCCCCCCACCUCUACUGCCGCUGGGAAAGAGAAGGCCUGGAUGCGUCGGACCUCUGGCAGAGUGGUGGUGAUGCCCAACUGGUCUCUGAGUCUUCCCGAGGCAACCCCUCCCCUUCUGGCCACGUUGGGGCCCAGCCCACACCUGUCCCCCCAGGAUCUGGUCGACACACAGACAAACACCCUCCCUUCCAUGUGGCAGCCGGGCACCCGCAAGUCCUCCUGCUCGUCCUGCUCUCAGAGCGGAUCCACGGAGAGUGGCCCCUCCAAUGGAUGCAACCAUGAAAGGGCUCCUCUGAAGCUGCUGUGUGAUAACAUGAAGUACCAGAUACUAUCUCGAGCAUUUUAUGGCUGGCUGGCCUACUGCCGGCACCUCUCCACAGUGAGAACCCACCUCUCGGCGCUGGUGAACCACCACAUUGUGUCACCCAGCGUGCCAUGCAGCGCCAGCCUGGGGCUGACCGCAGAGGUCUGGGAGAUGUUCCUGCAAGACAGUACGAGCUAUGAGGAGAAAGAGCUUUUGCGGCUAGUCUACUUCGGAGGGGUCCAGCACGAGAUCCGGAAAGCAGUCUGGCCUUUCCUGCUGGGACAUUACCGGUUUGGGAUGUCCGAAGCUGAGAGAAAGGAGGUCGACAGCCAGACGCGUGCCUGCUAUGAGCAAACCAUGGCAGAGUGGCUGGGCUGCGAGGCGAUUGUCCGGCAACGGGAGAAGGAGUCUCACGCAGCCGCCCUGGCCAAGUGCUCCUCAGGGGCCAGCCUGGACUCCCACAUGGAACACAUGAUGCACCGAGAUUCGACCAUCAGCAACGAUUCUUCCCAGAGUGGCAGUUCCGGCCCACAGAACCUGACGCGGCUUCAGAGCGACUCCAGUGGCAGUACCCAGGUGUUUGAGUCAGUCGAUGAGGUAGAACAGCCCGAGGCAGAUGCCAAGCCUGAAGACGGCAAGCGGGCCAAACUCUCCAAUGGGAUGAUCCCUGAUGGCGUCUCUUCCCCCGACCCUUGCUGUCCCCCUUCCCAGAACUUUUGGGUCACCUCCACAUGCUCAGAGCAGAUCUUCAGCACCAAGGACAGUAUGGUGGAGACCACAAAAGCCGCGGCGAGCAUGGCUGUCGGCCAGGGACCUCUCAGUGUGGACAAUGGCCUUGUGGGUGGCACACAAACAGGGGAAGGUUUGCAGGGCCAAGACAGCCUGGAGGACCUCCCCACCAACAGCAGCUUAGAGUUUAUCCUCAUGGGCAAGGAGCACCCCGAUAAAGAGGGGGCACCUCUGUCUAUAGUGGGUGUGACUGACAGCUGGCCGGACCACAGCGUGGGGCAGCAGAACUCAAUGGGGAGUGAAGAUGACCUCUCGGAAGAGCCAGAGAUGGAGAGCCUGUACCCGCAGCUGGAUUCACACUCCCUGGCUGUCACUGACUUGACCAUUAGCGAAGUCUCGCCUGUCUCGUCGUCGGGGGUCACCUACUCUCCAGAGCUGCUUGACAUGUACACUGUGAACCUGCACCGCAUUGAGAAGGAUGUCCAGAGGUGCGACCGGAACUAUUGGUAUUUCUCACCAGCCAACCUGGAGAAGCUGCGCAACAUCAUGUGCAGCUACGUCUGGCACCACAUUGACAUUGGCUAUGUCCAGGGGAUGUGUGACUUGCUGGCUCCUUUGCUUGUGAUUCUGGAUGACGAGGCUAUUGCCUUCAGCUGUUUUACAGAGCUCAUGAAGCGGAUGAACCAGAACUUCCCCCAUGGAGGCGCCAUGGACACCCACUUUGCCAACAUGAGGUCCCUCAUCCAGAUUUUGGACUCUGAGCUGUUUGAGCUGAUGCAUCAAAAUGGCGAUUACACGCAUUUUUACUUCUGCUACCGCUGGUUCCUCCUGGAUUUCAAGCGAGAGCUAGUUUACAACGAUGUCUUCUCUGUCUGGGAAACGAUCUGGGCAGCGGCACAGAUCUCCUCAUCUCAUUAUGUCCUCUUCAUUGCUCUUGCCUUGGUGGAGGUUUAUCGGGACAUCAUCCUGGAGAACAACAUGGACUUCACGGAUAUCAUCAAGUUCUUCAAUGAAAUGGCAGAGCGGCACAACACUCAACAGGUCCUGAAGCUGGCGCGGGACCUUGUCUACAAAGUCCAGACACUCAUUGAGAACAAGUGAUUUGCGAGAUCUGCCCCGGAGGAGGAAGGGAGACUGAACCUUUGUACAUUUGGAGGCUGGAGCUGGAGUAGCGCAUAAGGCAGAGAGCCAGAGAGGCUCCAUGAACUUGAGCCAGCCUCCCUCCCAGCCAGUCAUUCCACUGUUUGCAUGGGCUGGGUGUUGUCAGCCACUGCCUGCUGGCUCUUCUGUUUCCAUGAUGGCAAUUAACCAAAGAACUCACAAGCUCCGCCUCCUUUCCCAUUCAUGUAGGGUGGAGCUUGACUGGCACAAACCUUGCUUGGAGGACAGAGGUUGGUUGUUAGGUGGGUGGCUGGGUGGGAAGGGCGUGGCUCUUUAUUGGGAUGUUUGGUUUUAUUACCUUCUGCUUCCUGUUUGGAAAGGUCAAAGUCACAACCCUGAAAAGGGGUGGCUGGGAUCUCUCGUUGAUUUCCCUCCCUCCCUUCAGAUCUUCCUUCAGAGAGAAUAUUUUAAACAGCCAGCAUUUUUCCUUCCCCUCCAAAAUGUGCAGGUCGGGAUCUAACUCUUGGCCCUUUAAUCAAAAGGUGAGGCUUUGCUGAGGUCAUCCUUUUAUGGGGAAGCUUUCUCACCUUCUGAAGGGGGCCAGCUGGGGCCAUCUCUGCCACUGAGGUUUGUCUGUUCUCUUCCUGAUUUCCCUGAAAUUUUCUGCAGUGCUCCAGAUUGCUGUCACCACAUUUCCUUAGGAAACCAUAUAGCAAACUGAGGCCAGGCUGGCCUGUUCCCAUCCUGCUCUGUGGGGAUGCUUGCCAUUCUUUGCCCUUGACCAGGCCUGACCAAACAUUUUCUCCAACCCAGCAUGUUUUUGCUGGACUGAGGAAUUAAGCAUCCUGCUUUUCUAUCCUGAGGUUGCAAAGCCACCAUGUAUGUCCAGGGUCUUGAUGGCAUCUUGUUGAAAUUUCUCUCGCUUCUCUCUUUCUGCCCUAGAUGGUCCCUUGUGUUUCAAAUCAGAGAGCAGCUGAUGGUUGCUCUGGUCCAGCCUCAGGAGUUUCCUCUUUUCAACACUGAGCCUUGGAGGUUGGGCUCGGCCUAUUAACACACAGAGACAGACAGACAGACAGACAGACAGACAGACACACACACACACACACAUUGCACCUCUCCUUCACAUUGUCCUUCUGAAGUCUAUAACCCCCCUCCAGGGUGGCACCAGGGUGGCCUGCCCCCAUCACACCCCUUGCUACACCAAUGCUUCUUAGCACUCUGGUGUGAAGUAACAUUGAGGACAAAUAUUUGAAUUGGUCUGUGUUAAAAAUUCAGGUUUUCUUUUUAAAAGAGAAGGAGAAAGAAGCAGAGUGAAAUUAAAUGGGUUUCCUGAUUUUUAAAAAUCUCCUGAAAAGGUUGCCAUCAUGGCUAAGUGAGUGCCAAUAUUUUUUUGGUUGUCGUUGUCAUGAAAAUGCCUUCCUCGUAGCCAGUAAAUGCUUAGCCAUAGUUGCUUCUCCCUCUCACUCCAGAGGACUAGUCUCUUAAACAGUGCUGCUUGGGUCUCUGUGCUGGCUACUCUCACUUCCAUGCUAAGCCCUUCCUAUUCUUUCAGGAGAGAGUGGUCAAAGAGCACUACUUCCAUUAUGUGAGUAACCCUGAAUGACCUCCCUCCUUAAAUUGGGAGCUGGGUUUCAGUCCUUGGCAGCUGCACUGCAAAGCAGGGGGCUCUGUUUAACUGACCUGGCUUCUCUCUGGAAAGCCCUGGAGAUUUGAGUUUGGAGAGGGAGUUGCUGACCUUGCCCAGGCCCAUUAAUUUUGCCCUUUCCAUUUGGCUCCCAAGCUGUAAGUUCCAGGCUUCCAUCGCUGGCUAUACAUGUGUGGAAGGAGGCCAUGCCAGGUGGACCAGUAGUGCCAACUGGAUUCCUUGCCCCAAACAGGUUCAGCUUGGACUUCCCAUGGCCUUUAGUGGCUGGUUGGACUUCCACAAAGCAGUAGAGCACUCCAUUUUUCUGGCAAGUGUUAAAGAAUCAGGCACCCCCGUCCAAAGCAGACAUGGGCACAUCCCAGGCUCAGCCAGAUACACAAGAGAAUCGUGUCCCUGGGCAAUGGUGCCAAGUGGGCUUUGCCCUUUUAUCCCCAUAAGGAAGGGGAACAGUUACAAAACAAGUUACUCCCCCCUGUUCUGGAGCUGACCUGCCUUACGACUUCUACCCCCCGAGCUUUUUCUGGGAGAUGGCAGGGUAAUGUGGUAUUUUAAGGAUAAACUUUGGGACUGAAGGAUCCCUGCAGUCCAUGGGGUGGGUGGGUGUAUGUACGUGUUGACUGUGGAUGCUAGUGUUUCCACCCUCCUUUCUUAAAAGCACAAACUCGAUCUAGUGACCUGUUUCUGAAACAUCAACCUUUCCACUUUGGAAAACGCCAAACGAGAGAAUUAAGCUGGCUCACUAGUCCUUUUCUGACGGGGCAGUGUCUCUGCCAAGCAAGCUGCGAGGAGCCGGCUGCCCUGGAGAUGGCAGUGAGAAAUGGUAUGAUGCAGUGGAAAGAGUGGGGGACCUUGACUUGGUUUGAAUUUUCGUUCACCCUUGAAGCCCUUUAGUUGGUCACUUCCUUCCCAUCCAGCCUACUUCAUAGAGUGGCCAUGAGGACAACAUGGUCCACCUUCCCUUCAUUGGAGGAAGGGUGAGAUGCAGUGUGUAGGUUGCAUCUGCCGGGGAUUCUUGUUCUUGUCCUUGAUUUUGACACUAUGAGAAGCUGUAUCAUACAGCCUAUUAUGUUUACGUGUUUUUUCAAUUGGAUUUGCGUAAUAUAGGCAUUCUGGUGGUUUUGAUUGUAUAUCUGAUCCCAGCAGGGAGUCUGCAGACCUGCCCUUUCCAGUGUACUGUAGUUGAACCAGUGCAUAGGCUCCCCAUCUGAACAGCCCAGUGCAGAGUGUUAGCACAAGGGUUUUCCACUCCCAUAUCACACUCUUGUUUUCAGAGCAAUGCGACAUCACCAUGAACUCAUUGCACACACCCCUUGAGGUGACCUUUUAGUUUUUUCUGAAAUCCCUUCAAAAAUGGUUUUGUUUUAAAAGCUAGCUGAGGAAUCAAGCACUUUCUGCCUAUGCUAUCAGAGAGAGAGCAUAUUUUGGCCAUUUGAUAGCAGUCUUGCUUUGUGUGUUUGUUUGUUUGUUUGUUUGUUUGUUUGUUUGUGUGUGUGUGUGUGUGUGUGUGUGUGCAUGUGUUUUAAGGGGAGCACUUUUAAAUGCAAAGAAAAUGUCAUUUAUUUACAGGUAUUUAUUGAUUCUGUGUGUCCUGAACUCUGUGUGCAUGAAGCAUUAUGCAAACGAAUACAUUCUUUUCUCAAUGUCGCCAAACAUAUCUUUUAAAUGUUGAUCAGGAAAUUGUGUGUGUGUGUGUGUGUGUCUACAUCUAUAUAUUUUAUAGAUACAAAUAUUAUAUGUACAGUAUAGAAAAUGUAUAUGGGAGUUAGGCAGGGCACUAAGAAAUCAUUGCUUUUAAGAAAAGCGUUUUGCUGCUCCUCAGACGCCAAAAUUCUUUGAGUGUAUUGGGAAUGGUGAUGGAGGUUUGUUGCUGUUCUGUUGCACUUCAGAGGACAAAGACAGAUAAUGGUUUGCAAGGAAAAGUGGCUUCAUUUCCUAUGGGGUGUAAAGUGAAAAACCUCUCUCAUCCCAUCACCUUGCCAAAGAGACUUGGCAGGUUUCUGAAUCCCUAUGAUAACCUUCCAAAUUUUGUUGACCAGAGGUGAGUGUGCAUGCCACAAGCAUUGAUCCCCUUUUCACAUUAUCUAAAAAGAAGAAAAGAAGUCUAAUUUUGAAAUUGCAACACUUGGGGCUAGCUUGCAUGUCAAAAAAUUCAUGCACAAAAUGCCACGUCUGUCGAUGAGGAACUGGUGUGGAUACAGAUUGAUUUGGUGGGGCAGAGGUUGGAUUUACUCUUAACUUGUGCAUGAACCUGCCUUUUGAGUAGAAAUGCUAUCAUGGGCGGCCUUUGGAAUCUCUGGCUGGAGGACUGUACAUCUUGGAAAAAGACGGUCCAUGAUAUCUAUACACAUUAGAACAUCAGGUGAAGCUUUGGGCAGGGGAGAAUAAAACCAGCGGUUACUCUUGGCAAUCCUCUAAAAGAAUGUUAAGCUAGCACAGUGGGGGGGGGCUAUGGGGGGGACACACAUCGCAGAAGCUGCUGGACCUCCAACUGCCGUGAUCACCCCUGACAUCCGCUGGCUAUCCCUGAUGUGAGAUGGGAGUCCACAACUUUUGUAUAACCCCCCCACACACAUUAUUCUCUUUCAGCUGCAGCGGAAUUAAUUUGACAGCCCACAUUUAAACACUUGACUCUGGUUUUCUGGUCAUUCUUAAGAUAAAGAUAUUUCUAUUAUUUCAACAGUGGCCAAACACAGUAUCAGGCAGUUAUUCCACUAGAAUGUUUGUUUCUUAUUACAAUCGUGGUUGAGAAUGUGAACUUGUUAGUAGAAUAUAUAUAAAAAAUUAAAAAUUGUCUAGUAGCACCUUAGAGACCAACCAAGUUUGUUCUUGGUAUGAACUUUCAUGUGCAUGAACUUAGUUGGUCUCUAAGGUGCUACCAGACAAUUUUUUAAUUUUUAUAUAUAUUUCUACUGCGUCAGACCAACACGGCUACCUACCUGUUAGAAUAUAGAAGGGUGAAAGUUUCAUUUUACUUUCCUUUUUUUGAGAUAGUUUUAAUUUUUAAAGAAUUCCCAGUCUAGAAAGGGGAACAAGUUUAAAACCACAACAAUACAAGCUCUGAAGAUAUAUUAUUUUUAUUGAAAUUUUGGAAAAUAAAGCAGGUGCCCCUGACUUCUGGUGACAGGUCCCCAGAUUUCAAUAUUCUUGGUGCAGACUUAAUAUUGGUUUUGUGUUUGCAUAGUUCCUAUAUGCCCCUCCUCUUCAAAUGGGAAAUUUUGGUGAUAAUUGCCACAGAUCUGCUUUUUUUAAGGUUUCAAUUGCUGCUAUUUUGGUGUAUGAAAAAGCACACACUCCUUCCAUUGCAACACCGUUUCUGCUUUUUCCUACGUUGGAGCCAAGCUGACUUUGAUACCGUACCUGUUCUGUCGUGUGUAGUGAAUCCCCUUGCCAUUGAACACCAAGUGUUAUUGUGUGCUCCUCUGACUAGUGUACAGUGCUGGAAGAAACAAAAGUUUUGCAACAGGCUGACUGUGGAAUAUUCAAGUGGCAUAUUUGGAAAUAACUGUUCUAGCCAGCUCUUUUUUAGUGUGUGUGUGUGUGUGUUUAUUUUCCAAUGCCAGCUCUAUCUGAAGACCUUCAAGCAAACAUAGGGAACCUGUGGCUCUCCAGACAUUGCUGGACUCCCAGCUCUCAUCUGCUGUAGCCAGCAGCACCAAUGAUGUGGGAUGAUGGCAGGAGUUGGAGUCCAGCAACAUCUGGAAGGUUGCAGGUGUCCCAUCCGUGCCUUAAGGGAAUGCAAAGUUCAAAGCAGAGAAAAUGUAUUGCGGCACUUUCAUUUAGGGGUGCCUCUGUUCUGCUGCAUGUCUGGAUUCUGGCCCCAAUCCAAAGUUGUUGACACCCUCUGAUGUGCACACACACACCAAGGUUGCAGGUUCGAUCCCAGCUGCAUAUCCCUGCAUUGCAGGGGGUUGGACUAGAUGACUCUCAGAGUCCCUUCCAACUCUACAAUUCUAUGAUCUUCUCCUGCAUAUGGUGGGGUGGUGAUUGUGAAAUCCCUAUUCAUUUCAGCAGGGUGGGUUGUCAUGCACAAGGAAGUAUGCAUGCCAGAAUAAAGAUGAGAAGCACUUGUGAAUUGGAGCUGUGAGAUUUGUGUGCAUCUAAAUCAGCCUUUCCCAACCUGGUACACUCCAAGUGUUUUAGACCAGUGUUUUGCCACCUUGAGCCCUGAGAUGAUGGAUGUUGGACAACAAUUCCCAUCAUCCCCAGCCAACUUAACCCAAGGCCAAGAAUGAUGGGAGAUGUAGUCCAGCAACAUCCGAGGACCCAGGGUUGAAGGGCACCUUUUUUUUUAAGACUACAGUUCUUAUCAGCCCAAGCCCAUGUGGCCUUCCUUCCAUCGCCUCAUCAUCAUGCAGCUGCGCUGGGAGUAGGGGCUGAUGGAAGCUGGAGCCCCACAACAUCUGGAGGGCCCUAGGUUGGCCUACAGCAGGGGUCAGCAAACGUUUUCAGCAGGGGGCUGGUCCACUCUCCCUCAGACCUUGUGGGGGACCGGACUAUAUUUUGAAGAAGAAAAAUGAACGAAUUCCUAUGCCCCACAAAUAACUCAGAGAUGCAUUUUAAAUAAAAGCACACAUUCUACUCAUGUAAAAACACGCUGAUUCCUGGCCCAUCCAUGGGCCGGAUUUAGAAGGCGAUUAGGCCGGAUCCAGCCCCCAGGCCUUAGUUUGUCUACCCAUGGUCUACAGCAGGCACCCCCAAACUGCGGCCCUCCAGAUGUUUUGGCCUGCAACUCCCUUGAUCCCUAGCUAACAGGACCAGUGGUCGGGGAAGAUGGGAAUUGUAGUCCAAAACAUCUGGAGGGCCAAAGUUUGGGGGUGCCUGGUGGUUCCCUAACACCUGGUCUACAGCUUCUCCAUGUGAAUUAGCAAUUGUUGGCUUGUGGGCAACUGUGUCCUAAUCACCAGAGCUUGGUUUUUGUUUUAACCAGGGUGGGGUGGGGCUAGGGGCUCCAUCUUGGCCAAAAGAGAGACACCCUAAGCUGGAGUUCUGGUUGGAAAGGUGGUAUGUCUCUCUCUCUCUCUGUGUGUGUGUGUAGCAACCCAGGAAGGUUCUCCAGGUACCUUUUUUGGAGCAAGAAAACAUGAGCUGUGAAUGUAUCCUGUUGCGUGAUUGCUGCCUGACACAACUUGCUGCUGUUGCUGCUGCUUUGUGUGUGUGUCUCAAGGGGCUCCUUUGGGCUACUCUAGUAUCGCUCCUUAUGAGAUGUCCCUACGUUGCUUUCAUAGUUAAUGUUUGACAAUAAAAGUGCUGGGUUUUGCCUGUUUGCAUUCCA